AGAAUUCUCAUGGACUUGGUAAAAGACAGUCAGAUAGUGAUAAAUUGAUCUGAGACCCAGAUCUGAGAUUGUGUAUCUACAUUGAAUCCAAUCUGGCAGGCGAAAUUGAGUUUGAAUUCUUUGUUUUUAUAUCUCUUAAUUCAAAGAUCUCAUAGAAUACAAAAAACAACAAAUUAUUCAUUCACUUAUCCAAUGUACUAUUAGUUGAAUGUUGAAAAAGAUUUAAUGAUAUACUGUAUCAUGGGAGUAAGAGAUCCACAUCAUGUAUGGAUUUCUUGGUAUCACUAUCAGCCUCAAUGUCAAAAGUUAUUUACAAAGUAUAAAUUUAUAAAUUUCACCACAGAUGUUUAACGUGUGGGAACCUCUUGAGUCAAAAUUGUUGGGGCCCCUGUAAAAUUUGGUCUUCUAUCCUUUGAAAAUUGGAAGAAUGAUUGCAUUAUGGAAUUGUAACAUUUCUUGUAAGAUUAUUGUUUGAGCAUAUUCUUCUUGUACAUGUAGUUCAGAUUGGUUCACAUGCUACAUAUAUUUUUUUUUAAAUCUUUUUUUAAAAACAUGUGCACAUGUUGGUAUCAAUGGUGCUCAAGGCCAUGCCGGGAAUAAUGCCAGGUGGGUGAUUCAUAAAGCUGUUCGUAAAGUUACGCACAACUUUAUGCAUGACUGGAACAUGUUCUUAGGUCAUAAAUCAACAAUACAGGGAUAUCAUUUAGCACAAGAAAGGAUCACCAUUCAUGUGUAAAGUCAUUCAUAACUUACAAACAGCUUUAUGAAACACCCACCAGGAAUCAAACCCCGGACUUCCACAGUGUAGUCGGCCACUUCCCCUUCACUACAGAACAGUUUAUAACUUUAAACAUGAACCAUUUUUUUAUCCAUUUUGCUUGCUUGCCAUGUGUUGGUUCAUAAUGAAGAUAUUAACUACCUAACAGCAAUACUUUUUUUACCUUGUUCUCUCUCUUUGUUUUCUACAUUUCCAUUGCAGAAAGCAAUCAGAAAAGAACUCUCAGAAGUCCCAUUUGGUGAAUUACAGAAACUGCAAGAAAAAAUUGGAUCCAAAAAGUACAAUGAAGCCCUAUUUGGCAAACAGGAGCAGAAAUCCCAUGAUGCAUCUAAACCAUUCAAACGUGCCAAUAAGAACAGACCACGCGAAGAAUCUUCUAAGAAACAUGUGUCAAGAUUCAGGAAUGUGGUAGAGGUGAAGAAACAGAUGGCAAGAGAUCCUCGGUUUGAUGAUCUGUCUGGAGAUUUCAGGGAAGAAACAUUUGAAAAGAAUUAUCAAUUUCUUUCUGACAUCAAGGAAAGGGAGAAAGGGGAAUUGGAGAAAUCAAUGAAGGAAACUGAUGAUCCUCAGAAGCAACUCAAGAUUCAAAGAUAUCUCUAUAAAUUGGAACAACAAGAAAGGGCGAAGAACAAGAAAAACAGUGCCAAGGAGUUGGAAAAGAAGUACAUGAGAAAAGAGAAGGAACUAGUCAAACAAGGAAAGAAACCAUUCUUCCUCAAGAAAUCUGACAGGAGAAAGCUGGAGCUAGCAGAGAAAUUCAAAGCACUGAAGAGGAGCGGGAAGGUUGAUAACUACCUUGCGAAGCGGCGGAAGAAAAAUGCUCAGAAGGACCGGAAAAAGAUGCCUUCCCUUGUUCAUGAUGAUAGCUGAUCACUACUUGGGUUGCUCUGAUGGAAGGAGAAGGUUUGUGAUUCCUAUCCUAACCAUGUUGCAUGAUGGAAUAUGAUAGAAAAGGACAUUGUGAAUGAAGGCACUAUUCACCAAGUACGGUGCAGUACAGCAAUGCAUUAUUCUAAGACAGCAAGCUCACAUGAACUUUGGAGACCAAGAAACAUUUCACAAGAUAGAAUCUGUAUCAGUUGUAAAGAUUAGAUUAAUGUUUGCACUACUUCAAGUUUGUUUCAAGUGGCAUUGCAGACACCAUUGUACACUACCACUUCAAUCCAGACAUAGUACUUGGGUGCCAUGUGAUUCUCCCUGUAUUCUCUCAUCAUAGGUAUGGGGCCUUGCCGCCUGGUAAUAAGACUUACAAUUAUGGUAACUUUGCGGUUAUAUCAACUACCAUGGUAACAGGGCUCAACAGCCAAUCAAAAUCAAGGUUUCCAUGGUAGUUACCAUAAUGGCAAGGUUAGCGUAGUUGUAAGUCUAUAUUAUAUGAAGCAGGUCUAUGGUCAGCUUAUAAUGACCAAGGAUGAUACUUCAGCAUUAUCUGUACAUUUGACAUCACAUGAUAGUAAGGUUUCAAGUACAUAAUCUAUUUUAACAAGUUAUUGUACUGUAACUGUUAUAAUACAUAUCUUAGAAAUGAAGGUAUUAUACUUAUAAUUGUGUAGAUGUUAUCCAAGAUCUAUUGCCUUUUAUUAACUUCUCUAAUUUAAAGGUAGGGGAGAAAUUUAUUGUACAAAUUAUGCAAGAUUGCAACAUCAGCGCCCAAAGGGUUAAGAAUCUGUUUCACUGACGUAAGCAUAUCUCUAUUAAUUUCAACAUAUGAUAUCAUGAAUUAACAGAUUUUUCACAAAGUCUCCCACUCUCCUGCUGAAGUCUUGAUUUCUCAGUUUUUCUUCUGAUUAAGAUGUAUUUUCAUGCUCUCAAAAUGCAAUUAAAAUAAUAUGUGACAUUAAUCAUUGUUGUCUUACUUUUGGCAGCUUUUAUAUAUCACUUCAGUCUGUUUUUUUUUCAUUCAAAGUAAUCAGUUUCAUAUUUCAAUUCAAUUAAAUUCGGUUUGUUAUGAAAAGACAUUGUAAAACAGUCCGAAGACUGACACAUACAAAGUUAACAGAAAAAAAGGAAAAAUACAUUAAAUUAUAUAAUGUACCUACGAAUUAAAAAAAUAUAAUAAGAACAUAAGAGUAAGAUUAAAUAUUGCACUCGAGGUUCUACACAUUACAGAAAUAUCAUUAAGGGGGAUAAUGCUAUAUAAAGAGAAAAUAGAAUGACCGAUAAAAACAUAUGUAUUAUGUUGAUUGAUUUCAAUUCAAAUUGAGGGAAAAAAAACUGUUGUAAAUUAUGAAAAAGGAGGUGAAGGGUGAAGGGAAGAAAACAAUGUCAUACUUUUACACACAAAUUAUAUACAAACAUGAACAAGGGUUGACUGUUAAUGACAUGGAGUUCAAUGGCAUAUACAGAGGCAAAUACAUAGCAAUAUCCAAUUUCAACAUAUCACAGAGCAGCAUUCAAUAAUGCUGUGACAUGAAGGAUCGUUGAGUUCUUGUAUCUCUGAGAAUAAUGUUAUGAGGUUUCCUUUUUCUCAAGCUCAGAACUAGAGCACAUAAGUGGAUUCAUUACAUAAGAAAUAUAAUGAAUAUAAUAACCAGAUCAGAAAAGGGGCUAGACUUCUUAAUCACCAGAUAAUAAUGAUCAGGAACCCCUGGGGUCCGUUGCAGAAAGAGUUGCGUUUAAACACAAGUCAAGAAAUCAAUCGCAAGUCCCAAAUGCGCGCUGUUGAUUGGUUGAAAAUCAAGUUGCGCAUGAUUUUUAGAGUUGAGAUUGAUUGCAACUCUUUCUGCAACGGGCCCCUGGGGCAGGGAUAUUGAUUUUAAUGUUGUUCAUCUGGUAUGCUUGUAUUAUGUAACACAAUCUUACGCUACAUAUGGCUGACCUCACACUUGGAAUUAUUAUUAUAAAAUAAAUGUUUCUUUGCAUGAGAUCAACUACAUGAAAUUCAUAUCAAGCAAGCAUAUAAAAGAUGCAUCAGGAUGAUAUAAAAAUUACCCGUUGUAGGACUAUAGAAUAUGAAAUGUUCAAGAUCAUACUUUUUGUCAAUAAAGAAAACUUAAACUUAAAAGUUUAA